AUGAACAUAAAAUCCUCUUCUAUUGCUUCUUUUCUUUUACUACUAUAUACAUUAUUUUUGUUCCCAUUGAGGCUUUCAUUUUUUAUAAAAGAAAAAUCAAUCUUAAUUGAUUGAACAUUUACAGAAAUUAAUUCUUGUCAUAUAAAUAUAACAAUUUUGCUAGACAGAAUUAGAUUAAGAUUUAGUAAUGUUGUUUGUUUUAUUUCUGGAUGUGUUUUAUUAUUUUCUUCCAGUUAUAUAUCAAGAGAUCCUUUUUUAAAACGGUUUACAUGAUUAGUUAUACUUUUUGUAAUAUCUAUAAAUUUAUUAGUUUUUAUUCCAAGUUUACCAGCUCUACUUUUAGGUUGGGAUGGCUUAGGGAUUACAUCUUUUGCCUUAGUGAUUUACUACCAAAAUAAUAAGUCACUAGGAGCAGGUAUAUUAACUUUACUUACUAACCGUAUUGGGGAUGUUAUAAUUUUAUUAUCAAUUGGCCUUUUAGUUCUAAUCGGAAAUUGAAAUAUUUCUUUACUUUGAGAUUUCCCGCUUUUAUUCCUAUUAGUUAUUGCUAUUAUACUAGCAGGAAUAACUAAAAGGGCACAAAUACCUUUUUCAAGUUGGCUACCAGCAGCUAUGGCUGCCCCAACUCCUGUUUCAGCUUUAGUUCAUUCCUCAACUUUAGUUACAGCCGGAGUUUUUCUUUUAAUCCGAUUUUACCCUACUUUAAGAGCAAGAAGAUUUUUCGAAGAAAGUCUUAUAUUUGUUGCAGUUUUAACUUUAUUAAUAGCGGGAAUUGGGGCAAAUUUUGAAAAUGAUCUAAAAAAAGUAAUUGCUUUGUCUACACUAAGUCAAUUAGGUGUUAUAAUAAUAUCAUUAAGUAUAAACCUGCCAAAUCUAGCUCUAUUUCAUCUUUACACUCAUGCUUUAUUUAAAGCUUUAUUGUUUCUAUGUGCGGGAGCUAUUAUUCAUGGUAGAAAUAAUAAUCAAGAUAUCCGAAAAAUAGGCUUAAUUAGAAAACAACUACCACUAACAACAACUUGUAUAAAUAUUGCAAAUUUAUCUCUUUGUGGGGCUCCAUUUUUAAGUGGUUUUUAUUCAAAAGAUUUAAUUUUAGAGAUAGCUUUAAUUUACCCAACAAACUAUCUUAUAAUUUUAAUAACUUUUGUGGCCACAGGUAUAACGGCAGCUUAUACGUUACGCCUUUCAUUCUCUUUAUUAUGAGGAACCCAAAAAAGAGCUUCUCUACAUUCAAAACAUGAAGCAGAUUCAUAUGUAAAUAUUUCAACAUGUGCUCUAGCAAUCAUAGCUAUUAUUAGUGGUAUAUUUUUACAAAUAGUAUUCUUACCUUUUGAAAUAUUUAGAGCAACUUUAAGAAACUUUCAAAAAAGAACAACGAUAUUAGUUAUUAUAACAAGUAUCUUUAUUUCUUUAUUUUUUUGGAAACUAAGAAUUAAUGAAUCAAUAAAAUUUAAAGCUUUUUGUUCUUCAAUAUGAUUUUUAGUACUAUUAUCGACACAACCUGCAGUUAGUUUUUCUAGCGUCUUCGGAAGAAAAUUAAUAAAAACCUCAGAUCAAGGAUGAAUAGAGAUUCUAGGAGGACAGGGAGCUUGAAAAGGAAGAAAUAGGUUUAGAAUCAUAAUUCAGAGUAUACGAAGAGGAAUAUAUAUUAACAUAAUUUUUGUUUCUUUAAUUAGAAUUUUUUUAAUUCUGUUAAUUUCUUAUUUAUUAUAA